CAAAGUGUGGAAAACGUGCAACGUAUAAGAUUUUAAAUAUAUAAAAAAACAAAUAAAACAGCGUGGUGGCGGUUUGUUGCCUUGCCACAUACCACAACAGCAGCAACAACAACAACAACUAAAAUAAUAAAAAUAAUAAUAGUAACAACAACAGCAACUAUAAAAGUAACAACAGCAACAAAAUGCCUUUUGGAUUAAGAUUUUACACAUUUCUAUGGAUAACGCUUUCAAACUCAUGGCUACCAUUCAUGCCAUUAAAACCAUCAACGUUCUACUCAACGUCAUCAUCAUCAGCGUCAGCACCAUCAACAUUAUCCUCAUCAAGUGGCAUCUUUUACUAUCACAAUGCCUUGAUGGGGGCUGAGGCACAACCAUCAUCAUUAACCGAGAAAAUUCCAUUAGGCGCCAUCUUUGAACAGGGUACCGAUGAAGUACAAUCCGCCUUUAAAUAUGCCAUGCUCAAUCACAAUCUGAAUGUAUCAUCUCGACGUUUUGAAUUGCAGGCUUAUGUUGAUGUUAUUAAUACUGCGGAUGCAUUUAAAUUAUCACGUUUAAUAUGCAAUCAAUUUUCUCGUGGCGUUUAUUCAAUGCUAGGCGCUGUAUCGCCGGAUUCAUUUGAUACAUUGCAUUCAUAUAGCAAUACUUUUCAAAUGCCAUUUGUAACACCCUGGUUUCCGGAAAAAGUGCUUACACCAUCAUCCGGUUUUUUGGAUUUUGCCAUUAGUAUGCGUCCGGACUAUCAUCAAGCCAUUAUCGAUACAAUACAAUUUUACGGUUGGCGUAAAAUAAUUUAUCUCUAUGAUUCACAUGAUGGUCUUUUGCGGUUGCAACAAAUCUAUCAAGGCUUAAAGCCCGGAAAUGAAUCAUUUCAAGUUGAGAUGGUAAAGCGCAUUGCCAAUGUUACCAUGGCCAUUGAUUUCCUGCAUACACUGGAGGAUUUGGGUCGUUUUACAAAUAAAUACAUUGUACUUGAUUGCCCAACGGAAAUGGCCAAAGAGAUUCUAAUCCAACAUGUAAGGGACAUUUCAUUGGGACGUCGUACAUACCACUAUUUGCUUAGUGGUUUGGUAAUGGAUGAUCGUUGGGAAAGUGAGAUUAUAGAAUUUGGUGCAAUUAACAUAACAGGAUUUCGUUUGGUGGAUACAAAUCGCCGCUUAGUCAAAGAUUUCUAUGACAGCUGGAAGCGAUUAGAUCCAGCAACGUCUAUAGGCGCGGGUCGAGAAUCUAUAUCGGCCCAGGCAGCCCUCAUGUAUGAUGCUGUGUUUGUUUUAGUUGAAGCCUUUAACAAAAUUCUACGUAAGAAACCUGAUCAAUUUCGCAACAACAUUAGAAGAGGCCAGACACUGAUUGCGGCAGCUUCUACAUUGGCCAAUGCUACUGGUUUACCUAAUGGUGGUGGUAUGGGUGGGGGUCUUAUGGGUGGCUCAUCUAACUCUAAUGGUGGCAAUGGCAUGGGUGGUGGCGGUGGUAAUGGCGGUAAUAGUGGCAGCAACAGUGUGCCACGUGCACUAGACUGUAACACUUCGAAGGGUUGGGUAAACCCUUGGGAACAUGGUGAUAAAAUUUCGCGCUAUUUGAGAAAGGUUGAAAUUGAAGGACUUACGGGUGACAUUAAAUUCAACGAUGAUGGUCGACGUGUGAAUUACACUUUGCAUGUUGUUGAAAUGACAGUAAACAGUGCCAUGGUUAAGGUGGCCGAAUGGAGUGAUGACCUCGGUCUGCAACCUUUAUCAGCUAAAUAUGUAAGACUGAAACCGCAUGCCGAAAUUGAAAAAAAUCGCACAUACAUAGUAACCACUGUCCUAGAGGAGCCCUAUAUUAUGUUGAAACGACCUAAUGUGGGUGAGACACUGGAGGGCAAUGACCGUUUUGAAGGCUAUUGCAAAGAUUUGGCUGAUUUGUUGGCCAAAAAAUUGGGCAUUAAUUAUGAAAUGCGUUUGGUUAAAGACAAUACUUAUGGCUCUGAAAAUCCAAAAGUUCAUGGCGGUUGGGAUGGCAUGGUUGGUGAACUUGUGCGUCGAGAAGCGGAUAUUGCUAUAGCUGCCAUGACAAUUACUGCUGAACGUGAACGUGUCAUCGAUUUUAGUAAACCAUUUAUGUCACUGGGUAUUUCGAUAAUGAUUAAAAAGCCAGUCAAGCAAACACCAGGCGUUUUCAGUUUCAUGAAUCCUUUAUCGCAAGAAAUUUGGGUCAGCGUGAUAUUCAGCUAUAUUGGUGUCAGUAUUGUUUUAUUCUUCGUCUCCAGAUUUUCCCCUUAUGAAUGGCGUAUUGUCCAGUAUCAAACAG